CACGUGCAGAGCGAUGACCGGUUUCCUGAUCGGGACGGUGGCUUUCUAGGGACAAAAAGAAUCGGGAGGCCCGGUUGAAGCGGGGAAAGGGACGCCUGUGCCGAAGAAAGACUUCUCUGCCUGCCUGCAUUUGUAUCGUCCCUGAUGCCACUGCCUGUGGCGCUUCAGUCCCGCCUGGCAAGGCGAGGGCUGCUGAAGCAUGUAGAACCAGAGCCAGAGGAGGAAAUCAUCGCAGAAGACUAUGAUGACGACCAUGUGGAUUAUGAAGCCACCAGGAUUGAGAACCUGCCACCAAACUGGUACAAAGUAGUUGACCCGUUCUGCGGCUUCCCUUACUACUGGAACAUCGACAGUGAUCUGGUUUCCUGGCUUUCGCCCAAUGACCCCAACUCUGUGAUCACUAAAGCAGCCAAGAAACUGAAGAGCAACUUUGAUGCUGAGGAAAAAAUGGAGCGCCUGCACGAGAAGACAGAACGGGAGGAGGUGAAGGAGCGGCGACACCACCGGCGGGAGGAGCUGGCACCGUACCCCAAGAGCAAGAAGUCAAGCCGGAAGGACGAAGAACUUGACCCCAUGGAUCCCAGCGCUUAUUCCGAUGCCCCACGGGGGACCUGGUCCACCGGGCUGCCCAAGAGAAACGAGGCCAAGACUGGCGCAGAUACCACUGCCGCUGGCCCCCUGUUCCAGCAGCGCCCCUAUCCAAGCCCUGGAGCUGUUCUGCGGGCUAAUGCUGAAGCGUCCCGGGCCAAGCAGCAGGACUGAGAAACCCCCUCCUUUCUUUCCUAAUAUAUUUCGUAAUAAAGCUGGCAAAACUA